CAUGAACAUCAGUGACCCUCGAACGGAUUGCUUGCUUUUGCAUUCAAUGUCCAAGGUCAUUUGAUAUAAUUUGCUUUUCCGCUGGCAUAUCCAAACACUUGGGGCGGACCCAUUGCAGCCUUUGGGGAGGGCAAAGGCAAUGCAGAUCCUCCUUGCCACUGUGGUGCUUGCAAUACUUGGUGCCGCUGAAGGCGGCGGAUAUACAAGUCUUAGCCGGCGGUUGCAGGAGGACAAUGUUACUUUCGUACCAUUGCCGCCCAAGAUUGAAUACCCCAUUGACCCUGCUGCAAUGAUCGCAGGUGCCUUUGUUGGAGCACUCGGAGUUCCUUUUCUCUUUGGGUCCAACUUGUCGGAUCCAGGCUAUCAGGUCGCGGCAGGCUUCUUGAGAGCCACAGGACACUGGCAAGUUCAAGCCUUGCGCUUGCGUUUUUGACGGCUGUAGACAAUGAUGGCGCUGGUGUGCUCCCUGUGGGUUGGGUUGGGUUAAGCCCCUAGUAGCGUCCUUGUUACUAGUAGCGAUGCCAGGAGCCCCUAGUAGCUUCUUGCUACUACUAGUAAGGCACUUGUCACUAGAAGCGAUGCACUUGUUCCUAGUAGGGUCCUUGUUACUAGUAGUAAGGCCAGGAGCCCCUAGUAGCGUCCACUGUAGCGUCCUGGUGAGCUGAAAUUGUUCCGUCCCGAGGCCCGCUGGGCAGAACGCCGGCUGACUGUCAUAUUUGAUCGAUGCCUUACCAGCACAUUUCAGUGUAGUUAGGCUUCACUGCAUAAUUAACUUUUGUGGGGAAGCAAGGGGCUCGUAGGCUAGCUAGACCAUCCCAAAUCCUGGCCACCAUGAGAAUCAAAGAAGUACCCAAGGAUUUGGGCCUUCUUCGAGCGACGCAAGCCUAGAGGUGGUGCCUUUGAAGUGUUCCGUGGCGAGACAGAGUGAACAACAAGGAGGCCCUUCAGAAGGUCUAGAGAGUCUAUCUGCAGCUCAUCCUUGUGAGCACUCGGGUGAGCUGCAGCGAGGCAUUGGAACGAGAUGAAUCAACCGAAUACAAGAUUUACAAGAGGUCAAAAGGGACGGAGCGAAAGUAAGGCGAAAAGGGUCGAAGGAGUUUACAAGAGCAUUCAAAAGAUAACAAGAGUAAUAAGAGGAGAGAGAUACUGGCUGGGCAGUUGACG